AUGGGAAAGAAGUCGCGAGUCACCACCAUUGCUGCAGAUGAGACCGGGUUGUUCUGGGACAUGGUCUCCUGCAAGUUCCACUUAACGGUCCUUAACAAGGUUGCUCACGGAUCAAGCUCAGCCUCAACCCUUCCGUGCGACUUCACCAAACUCCAACUCGGUUGCCCCGGCAGUUCCUCCUCCUCCUCUACAACUCAGAAUGCCAUCGUGGUGACACCCCAGGAGCGUGACCUCCCGGAGAAAGACCUGAAGAGGAAAAGAUCAUCACGUAGUGUCGUCCCAAACAACAACGCGAGGCCCGUUCGGAGGCACGAGGAAGAAGAGAAGGACGAUGCUGGCAUCUCCACUAAGUUGACGCUCCUAAAUGACCCGUGGCUGUUCAAGAAGAAGCUAAAGGCAAGUGACGUUGAUCACUCGUCGCGUCUUCUGCUCGCGGGGAGCUUUGUGCACGACCACGUGCUCAAGGAGAAGGGCGAGGAGAUGGUGGGGCUGGUCAAGAGCAGGACCGGGAUCGAGGUCCCCGUGUGGGACGCGGACACAAGCAGCGAGCACCAGCUCGUGUUUGGCUACUGGGAAUCCACGAAGGGCUACGUGCUGAAAGGCGGCUGGAUCCCGCAGUUCGUCGAGAGGCGAGGGUUGGUAGUCGGGGACGAGAUCGGGAUGUUCUGGAACGAGCGCGAGCGCGAGCGCAUGUUUUACUUUAAGGUCCUUCACAAGGUUGCUCGAGGCACGAGCAACGAGGCUGCUUGA